AUGUACGCGCGGGCGAGUACGGCCGUGUCGUUGAUCGCCGCGGCCGUCCGGAACAUGUCGGCCACCGUUUUCUUUCCGAGGCGCAGGCCCAGCGCAGCGCACUCCAGGACGUCGAAGGGGUUCGCGACGGCGAAUUCGGGGCGGCACACGACGUCGUGUUCGAGAUGGCCGGCCCGCCUGCGUGGACCAAACUUGACGGCGCACCCGACUCGCCGAUUGGUUUUCACACAGCCGCCCGCGCUCUGUGCUCGACCCACACACGGCCUUCGGACUCGAGCCGGACCAUCGACGCGAACCCGACGCGCGCGCCCUUCUCGCACAACGACUGGAUCGCGGUGCUGCGCCUGCCGCGGAACGCUUCCACGCGGUCGGCUACCGUCACGGAGACCUGCACUUCAAAAAUAUUCUGUGGAGCGAGUCGACGCAAAGCGUCAAAAUUAUAGAUCUCGAGACGGCGCGCCCGGACGACGACCCGUGCCACACUGACAGCCGGGACGAUGGCCGAUGCGACGACGCCAUCUCCGUGACUGCGUGGGAUCUCAAGGUGUCGUCGGCGGACUCGCGUCAGUUUUGGGACCGCGUCGCCGCGUUCCUGGGUGAGUAUGGCCGCUUCUACGAUUUGAACUUUUUGAGGGACUCGAAGGAGUCGAAGCCCCUCAUCGACACGAACGCCCCCCCCCACGCGACGUAA